AUGAACAACCAGAGCUGCCAAGAACAAUUCCUCUUACUGGGUUUCUCAGAUAAACCCAAACUAGAAAAGAUUCUCUUUUUGUUUGUCCUCAUCUUUUACCUCGUGACUUUAGUGGGCAACAUUGUCAUUAUCUUGGUCUCCCGCUUGGACCCGAGCCUCCAUACACCUAUGUACUUCUUCCUCACUAAUUUAUCAUUCUUAGAUCUCUGCUUUACCACCAGCUCCAUCCCCCAGCUGCUUUUCAACUUGGGCGGCUCAGACAAGUCCAUCAGUUACACUGGUUGUGCCAUUCAGCUCUUCAUGUUCCUGGGACUGGGUGGCACUGAAUGUGUCCUCUUAGCAGCCAUGGCUUACGACCGCUUCACAGCCAUCUGCAAGCCCCUUCACUAUACUGUCAUAAUGCAUCCUCAGCUUUGUUGGGCGUUGGUGUCUGUGGCCUGGGGGGUUGGGCUCCUUAACUCCCUGGUUAUGUCUCCAGUGACAAUGAAGCUACCACGAUGUGGAAGAUGUAAGGUUAAACAUUUUCUCUGUGAGAUGCCAGCUCUGAUAAAAAUUGCCUGUGUGGACACAGUCGCAGUGGAGAGUACUGUUUUCAUCUUAUCAGUGAUAAUUGUCCUAGUGCCCUUGUCCCUUAUCCUCAUCUCUUACAGCUACAUUGCUUUAGCUGUACUAAGAAUCAAGUCUGCUGCAGGAAGAAGGAAGGCUUUCAACACAUGUGGGUCCCAUCUCACGGUAGUUGCUUUGUUUUACGGGAAUAUUAUCUAUAUGUAUAUGCAACCAGGAAACAAUUCUUCUCAAGACCAAGGAAAAUUCCUAACCCUCUUCUACAAUUUGGUGACCCCUAUGUUGAACCCUGUUAUCUACACAUUGAGAAACAAGGAUGUAAAGGGUGCACUUAAGAGGCUUGUGUCUAGAAAAUAA